AUGUUAUUAAAAAGCAAAUACACUUUUUGGGUUUCAACUCAAAGAACACAGACUAAGAUUGAUAAGGAUAAUUACAAUGACAAUCUAUAUCAAGUGUGUAUGAUAUUUGAAUAAUUUAAAUUUAGGUAAAUUCGAAACAGCAGAAUAAUUCUGGAUGUAUUAUUAAUGGAUAGCUAAGCCAUCAACUAUUCCAGAAGGAUGCCAAAUUCUAUUAUUUUAAGAAGAAAUCUAACCAAUGUGGGAAGAUAAGGCAAAUUAGAAUGGAGGAAGAUUUGUAUUUAGAUGCAAAAAUAAUGUUGACCGAGUUUGGGAAAACAUACUCUUGAGUUAUAUAGGCAAUUAAUGCACUUACAAUGAAUUUGUAUGUGGAGUAGUUGUUAAUUAAAAAAGAUCAUUUACCUAAGUUUCUAUUUGGGUUAAGAAUAUGACCUCAUAUUAGAACUAAGAAGAUAAAAUAAUAUAAUGGGUUAAAGAGAUGUUUGGAAUCAAUGAAUUAGAAUUUGUAUAGCAUCCAAAAAGUUGA